AUGACACAACCAGAUUCCAACAACUUCCCUACUGGGAAGAGCGAGCAGCCCUCGUCGGCGCCAGAAGUGUACAUGUCAACACACUACGCCCCAGGAGAUCUUCCAAACAAUUACAAUCCUCCUGCUCUGAAUCAUGAUUCACCUCCAAAGGUUGGCAUCCCACCCAGUGAGAUACGCAAUCCUUUCUUACAGAACACAUCUGCGCAUCAGGGGACGUUCUAUGUAAUAUUUCUCCCCAUCGUAGCCGGUUUCGUGCUCGCGUUUUUGAUAGGUUCCGCUUAUCAUAGGUUUCGAGCCAAAAGUCAAGCUAAAGAUGCGAAUUCAACGGAGGAGUCCUUUGACUCAGAUUGUACAGAACCACUUGAUGAGGGAGGAGCAGUGCUUGAAUUUUUGAGAGACAGAUCCCGCCCUGUUGCAAACGAGAAGACCAAUCCUCGUUGUUCUAACUCCGGCACUACGUCGCUAGCCAAAAAUGAGAAAAUCUACUAUCAACCACUGGCGGAAAAGCAGGAGGUUACUACUCUCCAGCUGAGAAAGCUCGAGAUUUGUCCAAUCACCAGUCCACCUUUCACGCCUCCUCAGCGACCUCUGCGAACAAAAAAGGCAAUUAGUAGUAUUCUUCUGGAUGGAUUUAUUGAAACCGGGGAAAUUCCUGCCAUUGUCGAGCCCUUGGUUUCGAAUGGUACAAAAAAACAUAUCUCUGAUCUCCAUCUAUGUUACACAAAACCUUCUCCUUCUGAAGCCUCAAGGACAUUUCAAUCGAGCAACAGCUGCAGUGGGAGCCCUGAUCGGCAUUUACUUAACUCAAAAAGUCUUUCGAGGAGCGACAAGGGGGUGAGGAAUCCUUCGAAUUAA